AUGGCAUCCGUCUUGGUUUGCGGCGGCGGCAACGCGGCACAGGUCGUCUCGUGCCUUUUCGCAUCGCGCUACAAAGUCACUGCCAUUUCGCUCUAUGCCGAUGAGGCAGAACGGUGGGACAAGGCCGUCAAGGAAGCCAAGGGUAUGACCUGCAACUUUCAGGGCACCAACAAGGCGGUGAACUCCAUGCCUGACUUGAUCACCAAAGAUCCCUCUGCGGUGAAAAACUGUGACGUCGUGCUCUUCACAGUGCCCUCUUCCUUCCACGAGCAGUACUUCCGGGCCCUGGAACCCUUCGUUCAGAAGGGCACCAUCUUCGCGGUAAUGCCAGCGCGCUCCGGUUGCGACUUCCUCUUCAAGAAGGUGAUGGGUGAGAAGGCGGACACUUUGGGUCUGGCGGCCUUCGAGACCUUGCCGUGGGCUUGCAGGUUCAACGACUGGGGGAAGACCGCCACGGUCUUGGGAACCAAGGAAUCCAUCAGCGCGGCUGUGGUGCCACCAGUGGGGAAGACAAAGCUGGACGUGAUCUUGAAGCUGCAGGGCUUGCUCGGCGUGGAGCCUAAGAUCGUGGAGUGCCCCAAUGUUAUGAGCAUUAGCUUGGGCAACCCUGGACAAGUGAUUCACCCGGGGGUCACCUAUGGCAAGUGGCACAAUUGGGAUGGGAAGCCCUUGCCCCAAAAGCCCUUGUUCUACCACGGUGUGGACACGCAGACCGCAGAUGUCUUAGAGGGGAUUUCCGGAGACAUCACAGCCAUCUGUAAGGCCCUGAAAGGUUUGGACCCCAAUUUCGACUGCAGUGAAGUGAAGACGAUCAUGGAGUGGUACAUGGCAUCCUACUCUACCAGCAUCGCAGAUGGCUCCACUUUGCAAAAGGCUAUGAGCACCAACAGUGCUUACGAAGGCCUCUGCCAUCCCAUGAAAGAGUCUGGAGGCGGCUACGUUCCGGACUUCCAAUUCCGAUACCUCAGUGAGGACGUCCCGACUGGCCUGUGCUUCUCCCGCGGUGUGGCAGAGCUCUUGAAUGUGAAGACGCCCACCAUCGACAAGGUCUUAACAUGGGCGCAAGGGAAGCUUUCCAAGGAGUUCUUGAAAGAUGGGAAGAUGAACGGCAAAGACAUCAAAGACACCAGAGCUCCCCAAGCCUUCGGUGUCACUUCGAAAGAGAUGCUUUGCAGCUUCCUGAGAAUCAAGAAAGAAGCCACGUGCUGCGCUGGCAUUUGUAAGUGA